GCCUUCGCCAUUUUGAUUUCACAUCGGCAGAUUUUCACAUCGCAGACUUUCCUGGCGACUGGCAAAUUUAACUUUUCGCAGUUGUUUCUAAUUGUUCGCGGUGAAAAUGAGCUCCAAGCAUAAAGAUAAAGAUCGCGAACGCGACAAAGAUCGUGAUAAAGAAAGAUCACGGUCAAAAGAACGGGACCGGCAACAUUCCCGGUCUAGAGAACGUGAUAGAAAUCGUGACAGGGACCGGGAUAAAGACAGACGUAGAAGGAAUAAGAGCCGAGAACGCAGGAGCCCAGACCGCGACCACGAUAGACGCGGCGGCCGUUCACGUUCGCGGGAAUGGGAACGCGAUCGCAACUAUCGGCGCAGAAGUAAGAGCCGCGGCCGCAGGUCUCCAUCGAGGAGUCGUAGCAAGAGUUACGACGUGCGGAGGGAUAGGGAUCGGGACCGAGAUCGUCGCCGCGAUAGGGAGAGAGAACGCGAGCGGGAAAGGAAUCGCGAGGUCUACAUGAACAUGGACCGCAGUGCCAGUCGCGAACGGGAGAAGGACUUCUUGCGUGAGAACAAGCUGGACAUCACCCAGGCUAUCAUGGAGGUUGUGAAUAGUAAUGCGACGGUGCCGAAGAACUUUGCGGCUUUGCUGAACACGAACAGCAACGAUUCGGUCAGCAAUGGACCCUCGGAAUACUCGGAUUCAGGAGCUGGUGGCGAGGGCAGUGCAGCUGAGAGGAGGCGGAAGAAGAAGUCAAGAUGGGGAGGUAGCGAGAACGACAAAACGUUUAUACCCGGGAUGCCGACGAUCCUGCCGUCGACGCUGGACCCCACACAGCAGGAGGCAUAUUUAGUUCAGCUACAAAUCGAAGAAAUCAGCAGAAAAUUAAGAACAGGCGAACUUGGAAUACCACAAAAUCCUGAAGAAAGAUCUCCAUCACCAGAGCCGAUUUACAGUUCUGAUGGCAAACGGUUGAAUACCCGUGAAUUCCGGACAAGGAAGCGCCUUGAAGAGCAACGCCAUCAAUUGGUCAUGCGGAUGCAAUGCAUGAAUCCCGAUUUCAAACCGCCGGCGGAUUAUAAACCGCCUGUUAUUCGUGUCAGCGAUAAAGUUCUCAUUCCACAAGAAGAACAUCCAGAUAUAAACUUUGUGGGUCUUUUGAUUGGGCCUCGCGGUAACACUUUGAAAGCCAUGGAGAAAGAAACGGGUGCUAAAAUCAUAAUUCGUGGAAAAGGAUCCGUUAAAGAAGGCAAAGUUGGUCGUAAGGACGGUCAACCACUACCAGGCGAGGAUGAACCGCUUCAUGCAUUUAUAACCGCCGGCAAUCCAGAAUGUGUAAAGAAAGCAGUUGACAAAAUCAAGGAAGUCAUUCGACAGGGAAUCGAAGUGCCCGAAGGACACAAUGACUUGCGUAGAAUGCAGCUCCGUGAGUUGGCACAGUUGAACGGUACAUUACGAGAAACUGAUUGUCCACGUUGCACUAAUUGUGGAUCAACCGAACAUAAGAGUUGGUUAUGUCCUGAUAAGCCAAAUGUCACUAAUAGCAUUGUUUGCUCAUCAUGCGGUGGUGCCGGUCACAUUGCAAAGGAUUGUCGCAGCAAACGUCCCGGACAAGGGGGUCCACCAUCAGCAGAUUCUCAAGCUAAGAUUGAUGAGGAAUACAUGAGUUUGAUGGCUGAGCUAGGAGAAGGCCCUCCGCCUUCAAAACAAUCAAUCGAUCCACUUGUUCAAGCUCAUUUGAAUCGCGGCUAUAGUCUUUUUGAUCAACGCCCGGCUGCUCCACGAGCUAUUACGGCCGCUCCACCACCAGUGCAACCAGCACCACCGCCUACUCAGGUGCCGCCACCGUUGCCACCAUGGAACACUAAUGGUACAGUAGCACCAAUCCCCCCAAUGUUGCCACCACCACCUGGUGGCCAACCGCCGCCGCCUGGAGGUCCGCCACCACCGAUGAUGCCAUGGAUGCCGCCGGUGCAACCACCAAUUCCAGGCGGAGAUAAUGCAAAUCCACCCAUUCCAGGAUCCUUACCACCGCCGCCUCCUGGCGUGGCUCCCCCCGGUACUGGACCACCACCUACAUCGUUAGGGCCUCCACCAGGACCCCCUGGUAUGCCACCUGGCCCACCUGGUAUUCCACCGGGCCCACCUGGCAUGCCACCAGGUCCCCCGGGGCUGCCGCCUGGCCCUCCUGGAUUACCACCAACACCACCAGGAUUACCUCCAGGUCCACCCGGAAUGCCACCACCACCAGGAACAACGAGCGCCCCGCUGCCACCUUGGGGUGGACCGCCAGGAGUGAUCCCUCCUCCACCAUUUGGUUGGGGACAAAAUAAUCAAUCGGCAUUUGCUCCGCCACCACCCGGAUCAGUGCCGCCUCCACCACCAGGAGCACCGCCACCAGCUCUCCCUCCAGGCACACUACCAAAUCUGAUUCAACCCCCUCCUCCUCCACCGCCUAGCUAAAUGUAGGAUAGUUCAGUUGGAUUUUAUAGAAUUUCGUCAAUUUGAAUGAUUGUAAAGUAUUACAUUGAUUAGAAAUGUAUUUAGGGAUAUUUUACAGAUUGCACAUAAUUAUUACGGUACUAUGCAUAGUAACCACUUAUCAACAAUUAUCGCUUCAGUUUCAGAAUUAUUAUCACUUUAAACUCUCGAUUGUAAUUAGAUAAAGAAUGUUUUAAUAUUCUCACUGACGACGAAUAUGAUUUCAAUAAAAAUAUGUCAUAAAAGAAAAA